CAGGCUGUGGAGGCGGCGGGCAGUUGUGCCCGGGCUCGCAGGACGGGUAGAAGGAAGAGGGCUCGGGGCUGGCAGGACCCGAGCUGGGGCCAGGCCGCCAUGGGCUCUCAGGUGCUGCAGAUCCUGCGCCAGGGUGUGUGGGCGGCUUUGAGCGGCGGCUGGUACCAAGACCCGCACCAGGGCGCCGGGGUCAACGCGUUGCACCUCUACCUGUGGCUCUUCCUGCUCGGCUUCCCUUUCACGUUGUACAUGGCUCUUCCUUCUUCCAUGGUGAUAGUAGCAAUUUACUGCCCAGUGAUAGCUGCUCUCUUCAUUGUCCUGAAGAUGAUAAACUACCGUCUUCACAGAGCUCUUGAUGAAGGUGAGAUUGUGGAGAGAAAUGCCAGUGAGCAAAUGGACAGGAGUGCAAAAGCAGAACAGAAUAACUCUUCUACCAAGAGAAGGGACAGUAAUGGACCCAGUGAUCCAGGCGGAGGGAUUGAGAUGUCAGAGUUUAUUAGAGAAGCCACACCUCCAGUAGGAUGCAGUUCCCGAAAUUCUUUUGCUGGCCUAGAUCUAAAUAACCAGAUUGGAUCAGGUUUAUCUCGUCAUGGAACUGUAGCUACCAUUAAAGGUGAUACAGAUACUGCAAAGACUUCUGAUGAUAUCAGUCUGAGUCUUGGCCAGAGUUCUAGUCUUUGUAAAGAAGGGAGCGAAGAGCAAGAUUUGACAGCUGAUCGGAAGACUUUUCAUCUGGUCUCCGUUGAUUCCUUUGUAUCCAUUCAGCCCUCAUUGUCAACUGCACAGGAGUUAUCAAGAGACAGUACUGAUAAAGUGUGCCUUCCUAAUCAGCAUAUAGAUCCUUCUGUGUCUAAUGCAUGUGAUACUGAAAUGGCUUCUCUUGUCCCUUUGCAUUCACACUCCUACAGGAAAGAUCAUAGGCCACGAGGUGUGCCAAGGACUUCCAGUUCAGCUGUUGCAUUUCCAGAUGUAUCACUAAAUGACUUUCCUCUCUAUCAGCAAAGGCGGGGGCUGGAUACUGUCAGUGAAUUAGAAGCUUGCAAGCCACGAACAGGAUCCAAAGAAUCAUUAGCUGAGAACUCAUGUGUCUCUGGUGUAUUUCAACUAGAUGAUAUUCUAAAAUGUAGCAGUCCACAGCUGCUAGUCAAAAGCAGCAGGAGUAAAUCUCUACAAGCAGAUAAAAGUGUUGAUAGCCUGAGAAGCCUGAGUACAAGAAGUAGUGGCUCAACAGAGAGUUAUUGUAGUGGGACUGACCGUGACACCAUCAGUACUGUCAGCAGCUAUAAAAGUGAGCAGACAAGUUCUACUCAUAUAGAAAGCAUGUUGUCAGACCAUGAGGUGUCACCUAAAGAAGAGAAAAAAGGCAGCAAGAAAAAAGACUAUGCUCUUGAUUCUGAGGACUGUCACAUUGCUACUAACAAAAGGACGAGCAAGGAAAGAACUAUAGUUGAAACUAACACCAGCAGUUGCAUUCAAGUAGAAGAAUGCCUGAAUGCAUCAGAGGAGAUGCACAAUCAGAGGGCCCUUAGUACCUCUGCUUCAGAAGAAGCAAAUAAGAAUCCUCAUGCUAAUGAACUAACAACACAAGCAGAACAGUCUCCCGGAAACCCUACUGUGAAGAGAGAUGAACAUAAAGAGAAAUCGUCUGUGGUUGACUCAAGAACUUUUAAGGAAAUGGUAGAAAAGCAGAAGGAGGGGGAUGUGCGUCCUAAAUCCUGUAGCUUAAUCCAUCGGACAGCUUCAGCUCAAAAAUCCAGCAGGAGAAGGACAGGGAAAAAACGUGCGAGUAGUUUUGACACAAGUCGACACAAAGAGUAUAUUUCCUUCCGAGGGGUAUCUGCUACCAAGCCUCACAGUGCAGGUUUUUGCCACGAUGAAGACUCAAGUGAUCAAAGUGAUUUGAGCCGAACUUCAAGUAUGCAGUCAGCCCACCAGUUCAGCAGUGAUAGCUCUUCCAGCACAACUUCUCAUUCAUGCCAGUCUCCUGAAGGAAAAUUCAAUGCCCUAAAGACAAAAUAUAUUGCCAAAGAGAGAGGCACAGACUUGGAAAAUUCUUACAAAAUUCACUUGGGCACUGAUGCAAUUGUCAAAAAGCAUUCAACCCGACAGACUCAUAGUACACACAGUGCCAAGAGUCGUACCAGGGUAUUAAGCUUGGAUAGUGGUGCAGUAGCCUGUUUGAAUGAUCCAAAUCUAAUGAUGCCAGAUACAAUAAAACAACUAACAACUUCUAAAUCUGACUUAGAGGCCAAAGAGGGAGAGGUGCUUGAUGAGCUAUCUCUGUUGGGAAGGGCUUCACAACUAGAAUCAGUCACUCGCUCUAGAAAUAGCUUACCAAACCAGCCUAUGUUUACUGAAAGAGACGAUCAGGAGAAGGGAAGCCUUGCCUUCAAGAUGUUCAACAAGGGCAGCAGUCCACAGCCAAAGUCAAAGUCCAGUCACGCCCCCAUUCCCAGGCAGCAGUGCUCAGCGCUAGCACCUCCUUGCUGGUGAGAAAUGGGAGUGUCCAGUUAGAAGCAACACAUGACAAUGCAUCUGCUGUCGGCAGCAGCAGUUUGCACAAUGAACUUGGUAAGUUCAGUUCCACACUCUAUGAGAAGGGGGGCUGCGAUAUGUCGCUUGUGAAUUUUGAGCCAGCUGCAAGAAGAACAUCUAACAUCUGUGAUACGGAUUCUCAUGUAUCAAGUUCUACCUCAGUUCGUUUUUACCCACAUGAUUUACUUUCCCUCCCUCAGAUCAGACUGAACAGACUGUUGACCAUAGAUACCGAUCUUCUGGAGCAUCAAGACAUGGACCUAAGUCCUGAUCUGCAGGACCAUCUACAACCACAAGAGGAGCCAUCACAAAAAGUGAAACACUAUUAUCGCUUUUGGAUCUUACCCAAAGUCUGGAUUGGUAUCAAUUUUGAUAGAUUGACUCUUUUGGCUUUGUUUGACAGGAAUCGUGAGAUCUUGGAAAAUGUAUUAGCUGUCAUUCUAGCUAUCCAGGUGGCUUUCCUAGGUUCUGUACUCCUUAUAGAAGGCUUCUUCAAGGACAUAUGGGUCUUCCAAUUUUGUUUGGUGAUUGCCAGCUGCCAGUACUCUUUGCUGAAGAGCGUUCAGCCAGAUUCUUCAUCACCUCGACAUGGUCAUAACCGAAUCAUCGCCUACAGCAGGCCUGUUUACUUCUGUAUAUGCUGCAGUCUCAUUUGGCUAUUGGAUUAUGGCAGCAAGAGCACUUUUACUGCACGGUUCCAACUAUAUGGAAUGGCUUUCACGAAUCCAAUAUUGCUGCUUUCAGCAAGGGACUUGAUAAUGGUGUUUAUACUAUGCUUCCCUAUAGUAUUCUUCAUUGGUCUGCUGCCUCAGGUGAACACAUUUGUGAUGUACCUCUGUGAACAAUUAGAUAUUCAUGUCUUUGGUGGCAACGCCACGACAAGCCUCCUUGCAGCACUCUACAGUUUUAUUUGUAGUAUUGUGGCCGUAGCGUUAUUAUAUGGAUUGUGUUAUGGGGCCCUAAAGGAUUCUUGGGAUGGUCAACAUAUUCCAGUGCUUUUUUCAGUAUUCUGUGGUACAUUAGUGGCAAUUUCCUAUCAUCUCAGCCGACAAAGUAGUGACCCUUCUGUCCUUUUCUCUUUAGUGCAAUCAAAGCUUUUUCCUACUUCAGAAGAUAAAAACCCAGAAGAUCCAUUAUCUGAAGUCAAAGAUCCCUUACCUGAAAAGCUUAGAAACUCAGUGAAUGAACGUUUGCAGUCUGAUCUUGUUGUUUGUCUAGUAAUUGGUGUACUUUAUUUUGCAAUCCAUGUCAGCACAGGUUUCACAGUAUUGCAGCCUGUUUUAAGUUACGUUUUGUAUGCAUUGGUGGGAUUAAUAGGAUUUAUGACCCAUUAUGUGCUGCCUCAGCUCCGAAAACAGCUCCCAUGGCACUGUUUUUCUCAUCCAUUGCUGAAAACCAAGGAAUACUAUCAAUUUGAAGUCCGCAAUGCCGCACAUGUUAUGUGGUUUGAGAAAGCUCAUAUAUGGCUUCUUUUUGUGGAGAAAAAUAUAAUCUAUCCCUUGGUAGUCCUCAAUGAACUCAGCAGCAGUGCAAAGGCUAUUGCUAGUCCAAAGAGAUUAGAUACAGAACUUGGUGCUUUAAUGAUUACUAUAGCUGGUAUGAAGUUGCUGCGCUCAUCUUUUAGCAAUCCAACCUACCAGUAUGUCACUAUCAUUUUUACAGUGCUUUUCUUUACGUUUGAUUACAAUCGAUUCUCUGAGACCAUGCUGCUAGACUUGUUCUUCAUGUCCAUACUCUUCAGCAAGCUUUGGGAACUUUUUUACAAACUAAGGUUUGUGUACACUUACAUUGCUCCUUGGCAAAUCACAUGGGGAUCUGCUUUCCAUGCUUUCGCCCAACCAUUUGCUGUGCCCCAUUCUGCAAUGCUGUUUGUCCAGGCAAUCGUGUCUGCCUUUUUUUCUACCCCUUUGAACCCCUUUUUGGGAAGUGCAAUAUUUAUCACUUCUUAUGUCAGACCCGUCAAGUUCUGGGAGAGAGACUACAACACGAAACGAGUGGACCACUCAAAUACAAGACUGGCUUCUCAGCUUGACAGAAACCCAGGUUCUGAUGACAAUAACUUGAAUUCAAUCUUCUAUGAACAUUUAACUCGCUCCCUUCAGCACAGCCUAUGUGGAGACUUACUCUUGGGGCGAUGGGGAAACUACAGUACUGGAGAUUGCUUUAUUCUUGCUUCCGACUACCUCAAUGCACUUGUACACCUUAUAGAGAUUGGCAAUGGCUUAGUCACCUUCCAGCUGAGAGGGCUUGAAUUCAGAGGAACUUAUUGUCAGCAACGAGAAGUAGAAGCUAUCACUGAAGGGGUUGAAGAAGAUGAAGGGUUUUGUUGCUGUGAACCUGGUCAUUUCCCUCAUGUGUUGUCUUUUAAUGCUGCCUUUGGCCAGCGUUGGCUCGCUUGGGAAGUUUUAGUCACAAAGUAUGUCUUGGAGGGUUACAGCAUAACUGACAACAGCGCUGCUUCCAUGCUUCAGGUCUUUGAUCUAAGGAAAAUACUCACCACAUACUAUGUCAAGGGUAUCAUCUAUUAUGUAAUAUCCUCUCCCAAGCUAGAGGAAUGGUUAUCAAAUGAAACAAUGCAGGAAGGACUGCAACAAUGUGCAGAUCAAAAUUACGUAGAUGUAGACCCUACAUUUAAUCCUAAUAUUGAUGAAGAUUAUGAUCAUCGGCUAGCAGGGGUUUCAAGAGAGAGUUUUUGUAUAAUUUAUCUCAACUGGGUAGAAUAUUGCUGCUCUCAGAGAGAAAAACCACUCAAUGCAGAUAAGGAUUCUUCUCUGGUUACCCUUUGCUACGGACUGUCUGUUCUUGGUCGGAGAGCUCUGGGAACUGCUUCACAUCAUAUGGCUAGUAAUCUGGAAUCUUUCCUGUAUGGGCUCCAUGCCUUGUUUAAAGGAGACUUUCGUAUAUCAUCAAUUCGAGAUGAAUGGAUUUUUGCAGACAUGGAAUUACUGAGAAAAGUGGUGGUCCCUGGAAUACGCAUGUCACUAAAACUGCAUCAGGAUCAUUUCACCUCUCCCGAUGAAUACGAUGAUCCUGCUGUUCUCUAUGAAGCUAUCACAACACAUGAACAAAACCUGGUUAUAGCUCAUGAGGGGGAUCCGGCUUGGCGAAGUGCUGUACUUUCCAAUUCUCCCUCCCUACUUGCCCUUCGCCAUGUGAUGGAUGAUGGCACCAACGAAUAUAAGAUCAUCAUGCUGAACAAGCGCUAUUUAAUCUUUAGAGUCAUUAAAGUAAAUAAGGAAUGUGUCCGUGGCCUUUGGGCUGGGCAGCAGCAGGAGUUGGUCUUCUUACGCAAUCGAAACCCAGAAAGAGGGAGCAUCCAAAAUGCCAAACAAGCUUUGAGGAACAUGAUCAACUCAUCUUGUGAUCAGCCUAUUGGAUACCCAAUUUAUGUCUCACCUCUGACAACUUCAUAUUCUGAUAGUCAUGAACAGCUAAGAGAGAUUCUUGGUGGUGCCAUCAGUCUGGGAAACAUCAAAAACUUCAUAGUAUCUACUUGGCACAGGUUAAGAAAAGGUUGUGGUGCUGGUUGCAACAGUGGAGGAAACAUUGAAGACUCGGAUGCUGGAGGUGGUGCUUCCUGCACAAGUAAUAGUGCAACUGUCAACGAUUCUCAGAGCAGCGUAUCUCAAGGAGGUGGGAAUGUAACUGUUGGACAGGGAUCUGGAGUAGGAUUGCAACCCCCUGCCUCCUCUCAUCCAGUCACCCUAGGCACCAGCCAGAGUGCUCAUUCUGUGCAAUCAAGCCUUAUCAGACAUUCCCCUGCUCGUGCUUCAGUUGCCAGCCAGUCAACUUACUGCUACAGCAGUCGUCAUUCAUCCCUCCGGACAUCCACCACAGGCUUUGUGCCUUGCCGACGGUCUUCCACCAGCCAGCUUUCCCUUCGCAAUCUUCCAUCAUCCAUACAGUCCCGUCUUUCCAUGGUGAACCAAAUGGAACCCACUAACCAGACUGGUGUUGCCAAUAUGCAGAAUGGCCUCCCUUCUUCAAGCAGUUCCAGUCAGAGCAUCCCAGUCUGCAAACAACAUGCUCUUGUUGGCUUUUUAGGGAACGAUGGAAUGACGAACGUCACUGAUUCACAGGCAUGCACAAAUGUGAGCCCUGUGAACCAGACACGAACCAAAAGGGAUGAUGUUGUUUACAGAAUUCAGAUAAUAGAUCCUAGCCAGGUUUUGGAAGGGAUCAACUUAUCCAAAAGAAAAGAACUGCAGUGGCCAGAUGAAAUGAUAAGACUAAGAGCUGGAAGAAACAGCUGGAAAGACUGGAAUCCUCAGGAAGGCAUGGAAGGCCAUGUGAUUCACCGUUGGGUGCCUUGCAGCAGAGAUCCAGGGCAUAGGUCCCAUAUAGACAAAACCAUCUUGCUCGUCCAAAUUGAAGACAAAUAUGUUGCGGUGAUUGAAACCGGAGUCCUGGAACUUGGGGCUGAAGUGUGACCAUCUUGGACAAUUAAUGCCUAGUCCAUCUCCACAAUGUUUAGAAAUAAAGUAAGGAGUCUCAGAAGGCUACCCUAACAGCUCAAGUAAUAGGAAGAGACUUGAAAACAAAGUUAAGGGUAGGAUGUCAGUCCCCAAAAGAAUUAAGGGGGUGCUUUUGAUAUUUUUCAAGUUAGCUACUGAAGAAAAUAUUGUGCAUGAAGGGUAAAAAGGAUAUAUCUUUUGCUUUAUACAUUAUUUUAUCCAUUGCAAUGCUUUAAAACAACCCCACAUUUUCCAAGUUUCAAAACAGGAGCAUCUCAAUUUUUUCUAAUUGUCUUGCCAAAAAUAUUUUGUCUCAUUAAUGUAGAUUCAGUUCAUUUUUUUUAAAGCAGCUGAAAAUGGUAUAAAUGUUGAGGUCAGUGUGAAGCUGAAUAGAAUGUUUCAUUAACUGCAAGUAUAACUAGAUUUUCUUCUAAGUGGGAAAAAAGAUCAUUGAGAAAACUGCACUAUUUUUUUUAUGGCAAUGCACUACAAAAAUCUGAGAUUGCUCAGAACAUUUAUUGAUAUAUAUAUAUAUAUAUACAUAUAAAAGAAAAUACCGUUAUUUAAAUUGCCUUUGGGAUUAUCCACCUCCUUCAUCAUAUUCAUAUGAUGGUAGGAAAGACCAUUGGUUCAUUUUUGGCUAAAAAAUUUCCCAACAACUUAUUUAUUCUGUCCUAUUUACAAUAUAUGGUAGAUUAACCAGUAAUUACAGAAGAAAACUCCAGGGAAGCCUAACUCAUGGUGAAACCAAUUGAUAGCAUAAAUUUUAUCUUUUUACAUAAUGGGCUCAAUCAUACAAUUGUGCAUUUUCUUCUUCUUUUGUUACUUUCUAAUAUGGAGUCAACAAAAAUAUGUUACUGGGCUCCUUUGAAAAAAAAAUGUUUGCUUUUGUUUUCAUGGAAAACUGGAUGAGAUACAUUGUUUUAAAUAAGGUUGUGACUUUAUCUCUAUUCUGGGACUUAUUCCUUUAUUAAGCAAAAUAGUUUACUUUUUUAAAAAAAUUAAAGGAUAAAAAUCAGAAGGCAUGUUGUAUCAUAUUAUCUGUAUCAUUUUGCGUUUUAGCUCCCUUUAGUUGCUAUUAUGUUCUGUGACUUGAAUUCAUUUUCAAUAAUUAUAUAUAUUCUAUAAUAAUUGUACUUUGCAUAUAACUGUGAAAUUGAUUUAUGUUGCAUAUCAUCGAUUUUUACUGAUUGGAAUUUUUAGUGUGUGUUUUCAGGGAAACAAGUUAUUCAAACAGCAACAGAGUAAGGGGACAAAGUUGCAAUUUUUAUCUUGCUAUUUCUAUGACUUGCUCACAAUGUUAAUGGAAAGUUUUAUAUGUAGUGAUUGUUUCUUUCAUGUGAUCUGAAACUUUGGGCUCAAUGGGAAACAAAACAAUUUGCAGUUUUAGCUUUUAGAAGCAGCCAUCUUUUACUUUUGAACUAUUCCUAUGUUAAUUAUGCAUGGGUGAUCUUACAAACAAGAAGUUGCAGUGAAACAUAACCAUCGUACACUUAAUGAACAUAAUCAAAUAAUCUCAUAACAAUCUGAUACCAUAAAAAACAGCCUUUAUGGCUUGCUGAGUAUAUUAAAGUAAAAUCCAAAUGCCAUUCUUACUGCAUUACAGUCUUGACAAUAUUUUGCAAAGCUAUUCACUGCUGCAGAUAACUUGCUAGAAUCUGAAAAUCACAACAUUUGUCCCAGGGAGCAGCAUUAACAAUAAAAUAUAGAAAAAAGCUUCCAAAAGAUUUUGCUGUUCUGGUAAAAUAUACAUCACCUGCUAAUGUCUGAAUGCCCACACAUAUUUUCAUCAUUUUAUGAACAAGAGAAAAAUUAUUUUCUGAGUUUUGGUCAGCCAUCUUACUUCACAUUUUAAUUGACAAUUAAAUAUUCAUUUAUCUUUUUGACCUUCCCAAAAUAGAAAGAAAAUGCAAUCUACCUUUCAAAAAGAUUAAUCAGUCAUUUUGAAUAUAUGAAAUUCAUUGACAAAGAGAGUGCUUUUGAAGGUUAACUUGAAUGAGGCAAUGAACACUGUAAUAUGGAAAAUUGGAUUUUUCUGAUAAGAUUUUUCUUUCCUUUUUUAAUUAUUAAUAGAACAGAAAUGGCACUCUGUGACAUAGGAUACUCACACACUACUGAUUAUAUUUGAAACUAAACAGGUAUCUUGAAAGAGAGGAUAAUUUCAAGACUUCUAAUAUAUCUAGAUACAUUUAGAAUGUGAUAAAUUUAGUUUAAAUAAUUGAAAACAAAUUAUUUGAUUAGUACAAUCUCAAUUACACUUUUGAUACAUAUAAAUCUCAUCUAAUUAGCAUUCGUGAAAAUUAUAUCUAGUUUUAUUUGCAGAUUUUUAAGAUGUUCAUCUCCCAAUAAUUUGGUGGAUUAUCCUUUAUGUAGGAUUAACAAGUAUUUAUGAAACUUUUUUCUUUGCUUGUUGUGGUAUAUGAACUUGGAAGCCAAAUUAAUUGUUUUGCAGUUUUUCAUAUGUGGACUCGGUGGCUUUCUUCAUUUAAUUUCUCCGAACAGUUAUGACAAGCAUUCUGAAAACUUUACAAUAUUGUUUUUUCGCAUUUGAUACUAAGUCUUGUACAAAACUAGUAAUCCACUAAAUUAAUUUCUAGAUUAAGCUAUAAUAUUUAUGUAGAAAAAGUUUAUGAAAGUUCAUUUGCCUACUAUCAAUGUUUAUAAAAAUAUGCAUAAUAAACUGAUAAUCCAACUAGGCAUUAAUUUAAUGUAAAAUCACAGACAUAUAUACUUAGCUUCCCAGUUAAUAUUUUGGGAAAUGAAAGGAGAAAUUUCUUUUACCUCGUGAAAUGCUUUAAUUUUCAUAAAGAACAAAAUCUUAUUAUUGCUCAAUAUUGAGGUAAUAUUCUGUAGAUGUUCUUGUAACCUAGGAAAUAGAUAUGGAGGGAAGAAAAUGUUUUUGAAAAAUUAUAUCUUUUACAAGGUGUUUUUUUUUAUUUGUUGCUUUUUCUACUCAUGCUUGCUGCUGUUGGAGAAUGACUAGUUGCAUAGUUGCAAUGUUAUGUGAAAAUAUUGAAUAGAUGGUACGGAGUGUUAUGGAAGAGGCCUUUGAAAUCUUAAAUUUGGGGGCACAUUUUACCCAAACUGACAUUGAAAUGCCUUCUUAACAGAUGGGAUGAAGCAGUGAUGCCAGCCCUUCAGUUCUAUAUAUUUUAAAUGGUAAUAACUCUACCAAUGGACUAGUGCAUUUGAAAGAGCUUUUCAGAGCAUACCUAAAUAUUUCAUAUUAGCUGUAGGUUCAACCACCAUGGUUUUAUAUACCUAGUUUUAUUAAGAGAGAUUUUUCUUACCUAUUAUAUAGGUUCUACUUGUCUGGUUCUACUUGGUGAUUGGAAAACUGAUGCCAUUAGCCCUGCAAUGCUAGACAGUAUAAGAAUUAUAGCAGUAUUUAAUGUGUGCCUUAGUAAAAUGGUGGUGAGUACAUAAGACCUUGGUGGGAGCUACUGCCCAUAUCUAAUUGUCCCCAAAUUUUUUAAAAGAUGGCUGCUCUAAAAGGCUUCAUAGAUUUCUAUACACCGUUCAUCAGCAAACAUGUUUGAAAAUACCAUUUAGAUAUUUAUACUAACUUUACAGAUGACCCAAAUGGAUGACAAAAGUCACAACGGUUAAAAGUCAGACUUGUUACUCCUUUAUGAACUCAGCCAGAUAAUGAACUGCUUAUUAUUACCUUAAAUGAUGGGUGGGGGCAAAGAUAAAAUGAGUUGGAAAAUGGAAUAUGUGCUUUGCAUUUACCAGCAUAUGGAGAACUUGCCAGGGAUAGGGUUAUGUGUACUUUGUAUGUGUCGGUGAGAGUAUGAGCGCGUGGGUGUGUGUAUGUUUUUUUGAAACAGCCUGUAAAUAUUGUCGCUGUUUAAAACUGGGAAAAGUUGACAGGAUUUGUUUGUAACAUGUUGCUUUGAAAAGACAGUAUUGACAGUGAAGAAACAAUGAAAUUAAAAAAAAAUUCUUCUUGUC